AUGCAUGCUUUUCUACAUUACAUCCUGACAAUCAUUUUCAUUUUGGAGUUCUUCAUUGGAAAUCUGGGGAAUGGAUUCAUAGCUCUGGUACACUGCAUGGACUCACUAAGGAGAAGAAAGCUACCUUCAGCAGAUCAUUUUGUCACUGCUCUGGCCAUCUCCAGACUUGCUCUGAUAUGGGUUCUAUUUCUAGAUUUAUUUGUGUUUGUAAAAUCCCCAUUACUGAUGACUAGAAAUACAUUAAGGCUGAGUUUGACUGCAUGGAAUAUAAGCAAUCACUUCAGCAUGUGGUUUGCUACCAGCCUCAGCAUCUUUUAUCUUUUCAAGAUAGCCAUUUUUUCUAACUCUCUUUUCCUCUAUCUUAAGUGGAGAGUUAAAAGGCUGGUUUUGGUGACACAGCUGCUAUCCAUGAUUCUUUUGUUUUUGAAUAUAGUUUUAGAAAUCAAACAUAUUGAUGUCUGGAUUUAUGUAGCAAAAAGAAACAUAUCUAAUGAUUUGAGUUCAAACAGAUUUUCAGAGUUUUCCAGGCUUCUUUUAACUCCAAGUUUAAUGUUCACAUUAGUACCCUUUGGUGUAUCCUUGAUAGCUUUUCUCCUCCUAAUCUUCUCCCUUACAAAACAUGUAAGGAAAAGGCAAUACUACACCAAAGGAUACAGAGAUGUCAGAACCAUGGCCCACAUCACAGCCCUGCAGACUGUGGUUGCCUUCCUCCUAUUUUAUGCUACUUUUUUUCUGUCUCUAGUUGUUGAAGUUUCAACAUUUGAAAUGAAUGAAACUCUGAUGCUUCUGUUUUCAAAAGUUACUAUAACGAUUUUUCCUUCCAUACACUCCUGUACUUUCAUUCUGAGACAUAACAAGUUGAGACAGGACUUGUAUUCAGUACUGAAGUGGCUGCAGUACUGGUGCAAGUGUGUAAAAACCUUGAAUUCAUAG